AUGUUGAGCUCGACGGUAGCGUGCUUGAAGCAGAAGAACAUGGAUCUGGAGGCGCUGGGCUGCCUCGAGCAGAGUUUAUGGCUCAAGCGGCGCAUGUUCGGCGUGGAUAAUUCCGUUGUGCACAAGGCACUGAACGAGGUCAUGCUGAGCUACAAUUCCGUGGCCAUGCAGUAUCUCUCACAGGGGCAAUUCGACCAGUGUUUAGCCAUGUUACGCAAGGCGGAGGCCAUCACGGCCCCUGGUAACUUCAAGAGAUGCCAGGCUCUACAGAUUCUUACGUUCAAUAACAUCGGCUGCUGCUAUCGGAAGCUCGGCAAGCUCAAGUCUGCGCUAAAGUAUCUGAAGGAGGCCGCACAGAUCGGAUCGGGCUCCGCGCACGUGAAGAACCUAUCGAUCACGCAUCUUAACCUGUGCGCUAUCCAGUCUCAGCUUGGCCGUCAUGAUCUGGCGUUAGAGCACGCCCAAGCUGCUAUUUUCCAUACGCAAGAGGAGCUCGUAAGUCUCGAAGAUGGGGCUAUGAAUGAGCGGGAUGAAGACGGCAAAUGUGACGGGGACGAGAGGGACCAGACCGCAUUGGUUGAUGCGUUGGACCCAAAGACCCGCGAGGAGAAGAUUAUCUCGCUUGCUGUGGCGUACCACAACCUGGCGGUGGAACUCGAAUUCAACGGACGCGGGGAGGCGAGCUUGCAAUGGUACAAGAAGGCGCUGCAGCUGGUGUGGAAGUACCGGGAGACGAACGAGGCGCUGUGCGAGUCCUUCAAGAAGAUUUUUCUCGACGCCAAGAAGAAGCAGCAAACGGCGAACGUCCGGCAGAAUGGCGUCCCUGCGCCUGCCUGCACAGCUAACAGCUCCGCUAAUGGACGCCGGCCGAUCACUCGUCCGAGGUCUGCCCAUGCCUCAUCUCGAUGUGCAAGCGACGCUGACAGAGGGGACGUAUCCUACAGCUCCACAGUCGCCUCCCACUGCUACAAAGCUACCAAGCCGUCGACAGCAGGACUGCGUUACGGAUCCCCACGUAAUACAGCAGCAGCAGCUCGAGGCGUAAGGCCUCAGCGCCCAGCUUCCGCAACGACUCGGCAGCGACCAAUGUCAGCUAAACCGUCAACACGUCCGAACUACCGCAAUUCAUCGCACGGCUCCCGCGAUUCCGCCGAGGACGCGUUUGAAUCGCACUGGAAGAAGCUCGAGAAGGAGCACGCUCUGAAUGACUUCCACUCGCCCCCAAUGGCACCAUCAAAGUCGGAACGAAGAGCUCACCGCCCUCAAAGUGCAGGAAGCGCCACUGCUGCAGCUCGACGACGAAACCCGGUGUCAGUGGACACUCAGAGGCGGCAAAAGCUGCAGGGACAGCUGUACUUCGCUGCGAAAGACGAGGAUUUCAUUGGGAAUGACGAAGACUACGGCGUUAUACUUGACGACGGUGAUUGCGACGAUGGAUUCGAUGACUAUCCUGGAACUGCGCCUUCAGACUGCAGCAACAACCAACACGAGAGGGAACCGCGCAGUCGGACUGCUACUAGCGUACAAAACGGGCGGCAGUCUAAUGCAAGGAAUCAACGCUCGUCUAGGCAUCGCAGAGCACUGGAUGAUAGUCGCUCACAGGCUUCACUCGACCCGAGUGAAGGAGCUUCUGACAGUGAAUCAGUAGCUUCUUCGAGUCGCGGACCCGAAGAGAAUUCACCAGGUGCGUCUCAAACAGGUUACAGUGGAGACGACGACACGGAGCCAGACCUGCCAGCCAAGCGCGUCGGCCACAUGGAAUAUCUGCGGCGCAUGAAGAAGCUGGCCGAAAGCAUUAAGGACGAUCUGAAUGGAGCAGGGAAUCGGUCACCAACAGUGAAGCCGGUAGACCUAGCAGCAAACCACGCAAGGAGUCCAAGGAAUAGUGAAUGUGGAUCAAGGGUGUCAACGCCUCGAAGCGCUACUUCGAAACUCCGCGACCGAAUUGAGCAAGCAAGACGUGAUUCGUGGGAUACUUUAAAUGAAGGUGACGCGUGUAGUGACAAAUCUGACCAAGUGCAGCCCGCAGCACUUGCGUCGGAGCACCAGAACAACAGCGUAGUGGGUGGUGAUGAUGGAAUCGAACUUACGGAAGAUGCCAAUGUCUUUGAAUCUGACAUUGCGGCGCGUGAUGCAGAGCUACAAUUGUUCCACGUAGCUGCUGGCAGCCGGCUGCAGGCUUUCUUCCGUGGUCAGCGCUGCCGAGCGGAGGUGAAUCAGUUGAAACGGGCAAGCCUGCGUUCCUUUCUUACAUUGUUGUUUCUGCGGUAUGGCUCACUGUAUUCUUAUGCCUUAGGUCAAACUUGA